AUGCCCUCGUCCGUUGAGUGCUAUCUCCUGGCUCCGACAAACGAUGUUCCAAAUAGUCAGCUGCCGGUGAUUCUCUACCGAAAUGUUUUACCCGAGCCCCGAAACGAAGAAACGACAACGCAGUUUUUGACAGCGUAUGGCUGGGAAAAGAGAGGAACCUGGGGGCAUAUCUCAAUGAGACACUUUCACCCAAAUACGCAUGAAUGCUACGGCAUCUUCCAGGGCAAUUCGACGCUGCUCUUAGGAAAAAUUGAAGAUGGAGAGGGCGUUGAAGUCGAUGUGCGCGCUGGCGAUGUAAUUGUCCUUCCAGCUGGAACGGCUCAUUCCUCGCUAGAGAGCUAUGAUGACUAUCGCUACAUUGGUGUCUAUCCAAAAGAAUGCCCCAAAUGGAUAAGUGAGCACGGCAAGCAGCCUGCAACUUCUUUUGCCUCGAUGAUCCGAGAUGUUCCUGCGCCAAAGGCUGAUCCGGUAUACGGAAGGCAAGGACCGCUGGUGGCUUUGUGGAACUCCAAGCUGGAAGCAAAAUUGUAG